CAGGUCUCACUGGUGGAGAAUUUUCUGUCUUACACUUUACGGAGGGUAGUGAUCCCAGUAAUCAAUGAUAAAUUAGGAAAAGGAUUUUCUCUUCCUAACUUGGCCCACACCAGCCUGGUUGGACCUGUAAUAAAAAUGAAUCAGGGUCAUCUUGUGAUUUGCACUGAUGUUCACUACAAACAUGAGCAAGGGGAAGAUGAGGACCUUCGCAGACACCCCUAAUGCCCCUUUUCUUUCAAACAAUAAUAGAGAAAAAAGAGGUCUUCCUUCUUUUGGCUUGUGCGGAGUAGAUGCUAUAACAUUAGAAGCAUGGACCUUGGUCACUAUUUUUGAUGUUUCUUUGCUUUUCAUAAACCAAAUCCGUUGUUUUUUUAGCAUAAUGGGUAUAGCUGACUUUUAUGGAUGCCUUAGAAUACUUGUUUUAAUCUGAUGGGAAGGAGUGACUGGGUCUUCUUGUGUUAUAAACACCAAGUUUUAUUAAUUUCAGAAACCAGUUAUUGCAUUAUUCAACUUAUCUCCAUUAGUGUUAGCAAGAUUUUAUGUGCAGAUCUUAUUUUUAUCUUAUGUGAGAUCUUAUUUUUUGUAAUAUUUUCAAAGUUUGUCCGUUUGUAACUGGAUACCAUAAGUGGGAACAGAUUUAUGAAAUCUAGUGAAUUAUCAUAGAAUUAUAGAAUCAAAAUGUAUGUUGAAGUAACCUCCAAAGGCCAUCUAGUCCAGAGAUCACCUAAGAACAGGACUAACUAGAUCAUGUUGCUGCAGACUGUGUCCAUGUGAGUUUUGAACCUCUCCAAGGCCAGAGACUCCACAACCUUUCUGGGCAACAUUUUCUGCUAUUUAACCUGCUUCAGAGUAAAUUUAUUUUCUUGAUAUCGAAUCAGAAUUUCCUAUGUUUCAACUUGUGUCCAUUGCCUUUUUUCUAUGCAGUGUUCACUUUCAAGAAGAGCCCAGCUCCAUCUUCUCUGUAUCCUCAGAUCACAAAGUUGUAGAAAAGAAAAAUGUCUCUGCAGACUCUCUCUUUUCCAAGCUAAGCAUACUUGAUCUCUCAUAUUGUCCUAGUAGAUCAUGUUCUCCAGCCUCAUAACUAUUUUCAUGAUACCUGCUGGAUUUGAUCCAGGAUGUCAAUAACAUUCUUCUAGUGGGGAGCCCAAAUUGGACACAGUAGUUCAAACAGUGUUGCAAGUGCCAAAUAGAAAGGAAGAAACACUUACCUUUACCUGCAGCUUACCUUCAACCUUGCUGUCCACUAAGAUUCACAAAUCCUUUUCUGCAUAGCUUGCUUCUAAAGAUCCCCUACCCUGGACUGAUCAGGGCAUUACUCCCUCCCACACGUGAGGAGUGCAUUGACUGCUCCUCACAGGUUGGUGUUGUGUACAAACUUGCCAAGAGUGCACACUGUCCCAUCAUCCACACCAUCAGUGAAGGAAUUAAGCAGUGCUGAUCACAAUAUUGAUUCCUAUGGGACACCCACUAGUUGCCAGUCAACACCUUGACUUUGUUAAUCACAACUCUGAUUCUGGCUACACAGCCAAUUUUCCAUGUUCCUUCUCCACCCUAUAAAUCACCAGUUUGAUGAGACUAAUAGAGACUGUUUCGAAAACCUUACUGAAAUCAGAGUAUACCAUAUCCACUGCCCUUCCCUUGUCCACAGCACCAGACAGCUGAUCAUAGAAAGCAGCGAAGCUGGCCAGGUGUGAUCUGCCUCUGGAAUACCCAUUCUGGCUGCUCCCAAUUACAUUAUCCUUCAUGUGCUUUAGAAAUGGCUUCUAAGAUAUUUUACUCCAUAUCCAUCCCAGGGUCUGAGGUGAGACUGACCGUCUUGUAUUUCCCUUCUUGUCUUGUAUCAUUCUCCUUGCCUAUCUUGAAAGCAGGUGUGAUGUCUGCCUUUUUUCCAGUCAUGAGGAACUUCUGACUGCCAUGACUUUGAUGGAGAGCAGCUUAUUUCUGUGAUCAGUCAGCCAGCACCUUUGGGUGCUUCCUGUCUGGUCCCAUAGAUUUGUGUACAUCCAUGUGGGUUAAGUGAUCCUAAACACUGCCUUUCUCUGCUGUGGGUUAUGCCUCAUUCCCACAGGCUGUGCAAGGAGCUCAAGGACUUGAUGACAGAUCUUACUAGUGAAGACAUCUUUUUCUGCAUCUCUUGUCACAAGUCCCUGGCCUCCUGAGCAAUGGAGCAGCACUCUCCUUAAACUUUCUUUUGCUAUAGAUGUAUUUACAGAGCCCUUCACCUCCCAUGAUUGUUUCAGCUCCAAAUGAGUUUUGGCUUUCCUGACUUCAUUUCUGCAUGUGCAAGCAACGUCUUUGCACUCCUUUCAAGUAGCUGGUCCCAGUUUCCAUCUUCUGUAUGCUUCCUUUUCGUGUCUGAGCUCACUCAAGAGCUCUGUGUUCAUCUACUCUGGCCUUCUGCCACGGUUGCUCAACCGUCUGAACAUUGUUCUUGUGCUCUGAGGAGGUUGUCCUUGAAGAUUAGCCAGCUCUGGGCCUUUGCUCUGCAGGGUAUUUUCCCACAGAUCUUGCCAAGCAGGCUCCUGAAAUCUUCACAUCUGAAGUCUACAGCUGUAAUUCUGUUUUUUGUCUUGCUCACUCCUCUCAAGAUCUGAAACUCCACAGUCUUGUGCUCGCUGCAACUAAGACUGUGCUGUCAUUGAUUGCCAUCCCACAGUUUUUCCUUGUUUGUGAGUAGCUGCAGCUCUUUGAGGGGAUCAGGCUCCAUGUAAUUCUUUAGUUCUAUAACUCUCAAAUUUCUGGAACUGUAGAGCUUAUUUUUCCCUAUGUCAUUGUCACCACAGAGGAAUUACUGAAAGUGCAUGAAAAAGGAAAAAUGUCUACAAAUGUUAUACUACAGAAAGGUUCUGUUCCAGCUUGGGACAGAAAUGUGGCUUGGGAUUGAUUUUUUUCUGAAUCCAUAUAUGCUGGUGCUCUUUUUCUUAAUUAAAAAAAAUCAUCCUGAAACCAAAGAGAAGUAAAUCACUGCAGGGCUUUCAACUCAUUGUAUUGUAUGUGGGAGAAGAGUGACUAGAAGAAAAACAGAAGAACUGAAGAAAACUCUUUUAAAUAGUUUGAUGUCCCUCAUUGAUAAUACUCCUGGCACUUCUUUCUGCCUAUUUGGGGAUUCAUGAGAUAGGGGGGAAAGAGAACAAAAGCCCUGCUGCCCAUCUCUUCUCUCUUCCAAUGUGACAUGUGCUUCAGUACCAGCCAACAAGUGCCAUGGCUGGAUGGGGCUUUCCAAACCAAAGCCAUGCCUUAGUGUAAUGUUGCUCCUGAAGCCCUAGUCCUGAGACUGUUGUUAACAAAGUGAUAAAGCAAUUGUUUCUUUGAUGACUAAAGAGGAUGCUGUAUGUGCUAACUGUUCCCCUCUAUCAUCUUAUUCUUGCCUACUGUCCAAAAUACCAUUUUUGAUCUGGUAUUACUUCUUAACUGACAGAAUAACUGAUACCUGUGCCUCAGCAUGCUGAAGACUAAAGAGUGUGGAGAAAGGAGAGAAUUAGGGAAGCAGGGAAAGGGGACUGCUGGAGCACCAAGCUACAGGCAAUGGCUGGCAUUGUACAAACCAAAGUGAUCUGCAGAGAAACAGCAACAAGUCUUCACUGCUAUACUGAUAAGUUCAUUUUGUUUCACGUAUACUGGCUAAAAAGGAUUGCAAUCUGUAUCCCCAUUAGCAUUUAGAUUGAAGCAAAUGUUUUGUUGCUCUAUAAGAAAAUUAAAACAUUCCUUUUAGAAGAUCUUUCUAGUAUCUUGAAAGGCAUAAAGUUAGAAAGUAGAAACAAAUUGCAGAGUAUGUUAGUAUACUAUCUGAACAUAUCUGUAAGCAGAUAUUUGGCUUUUAGUGGGAUAUUUGUAGAAAAAAAAAUGAUGAAACUAUUCUGGAAGUACUAUUUUUUUCUUUUCUAACUUUUGCUGAAAGUUUUAUCUAAACUAGUGAUACUCCUUUAGAAGAACCGUAAAAUGUUAGAGGGCUGUCAUGAGCAUAAGCUGCGAUAGUUUUUGGACAGUUUUAAGUUGUCUGUAGAUCUUGGAGUUUUACAUGGAUGGAGACAAUGGCACGUGUCCCUUGUUCUGAAGGAACAGCAGAACAUGUGCAAAGAAAGUGUAAGGAGAGGUUUACAUACAUGAGGAUGUGAUUUUUAUUCAUCUUCAGUAGCCAGAGGUACAAAUAGUGGAAUGGUUAUGCACGUGACUACCUUUGGUGAGUGUUAGAUCUGUAUAUGGCAUGAGUAUUUGUUGUCUGACAAAUGUUUUUACCCUUUUCUAUUUGUGACUGCACAAUGAAGUGACUCAGAUCGUCCAGCUAAGUGCUCCAUGCCUGAGGGAAUACACACAAGCUAGUUGAUUAAAUCACCUCUUUCAAAAGCCAGGCAGUACUGGUCAGCUGAAGGGCAGGCAAGCAGAAGAAAGAGAAAAUACUGACUGAAAGUACUUGGCACUAUAUAUUGACACUACAUUAGUAUAUAUAUACAAUAGUUUAAACACUACAUAAUUUAUUAUUUUCUAUAUUUUGACCAUUUCUAGAACAGAUGGGCCUAGACAGUUGUUUUUCAUCUGUUCUUCCUAGCAGCUACACAUUUCUUUCCUUCUUUCACAGUACACAUUUGGUUAUGAAUGUUAGUCCCGUGGAACUACUGGAAUAUAUUCUCCACUGGGGUAUCUUGUCAGAUCCAUCUGAAAAGCCAGUGCAGAAACAGCAUGCCACAAAUGCAGCAACCACUGUGAGCUCAGCAUCCCAGUGCCUGGGGUCCUUCACUACAGUUUACACUGCCCUCUGCUUUGUCCCUAAAUUAAAUUAGAGUGAUAGUUUUAACCUAUGACACUCAAAAUAGCUCAAGACAUGGUUAUCUGAGAGGCCACUCCCUGUGUGAUACUGCUGAAGGUGGCAGCAAUUGGCUGUAUUCAAGCUCUCAGCUCCUUCCUUUAAAAGACAGGGUCGUGGCUGCAGAGGGUUUUCUUGCAGCGUUCUCAACCCUGUGGUCUGAUACAGCAAGACUCCUCUUUUCAGCCUUCAGAGAAGAGGUAUGGUAACAAUACUUUGUGACUGUUCUUUGCUGUGGAGGCUUUUGUUGGGAAGGGAUAGAUGUAGAUAAAUCUGGCAAGAUAUGGUGAUUUUAAAUUAUGAGAACUGUGCCUGCAUAGAAAACACAUUUCUUUGCAGCAUUUUGUUUUAGUCGUGCACGAGAAAGAUAUGUUUCAUUUUCCUCCCAGUUUCUGACAGUGAAAAUUAAAAAGAAAAUACUGGUCUUGCCAAAAGGCAAAGGUGUUCUGUGGGAUUAUUUAAAACUUUACUGCAAAAUUAAGCUAAUGUAAUAUCAUAAUUUUGCAGCUUGCUUAAAUUGUGAUCAUGACUGAAAUUCUUCAGUUUUGAGAUAUAUUAUUAUCUCUAAUAGGUGAUGAAAUAGGUAGUGAAAGAUAGAGCAACAUCUAACAAUUUUUCAGGUGUUAGGAGAGAGUGCAGUCUUCUUCUAGCAGAUGGUUUAAUCUCAGCUCUGCAAUAGCCCUCUGGUAACUAAACGGUUUCUUUACAUAAAAGUAGAGCUAGGAAAGACAUGCUACUAUUUUCAGCUGUCCAUAAUGUGGCAUAGUAGCAGGGAAUAAGGAAAGUCAUCGCAAUAUGACCCAUGUAUCACUCAUGUUUUGUACUUCAGACAACAAAUGACUCCACAGAGAACUCUUCCUAGAUCUAGGAAAAAAACAAAUAUUUCCUGGUUUUGCUUAUUAAUCUUCCAUCAAGGUGGCUUCUCCCACUCUCCCUGGAGACCUGCUGGCAGCAAUAGAUUCUGGCUAUCACACAACAUGCAGCUUGGGGUUCAUGCAGCAUAGCUCCAUCUGAAUUUAAACCCAGUCAUAGAAGCCCCUGGAAUGGGAGUUUGUUUUACUUGUUCACUGCCCUGCAGUAAUUCACUUAACCAGGGGUUAAGUACAUAACUAGUACAAGUUCAGGUUACCUAUCUGAACCUCCUCAGAGGUAGACUUUGAAUCCUGUAGCCACAGGAGGUUUAUAAGCACUCCCCACAGAGCAAUUUGUUUUAAGACAGGUGGGCUAUGUCCCUCUUCACUAUAAAUAUGGCUGUUGUAAACGAGAGACCUAACUUUUGAAUGGUUGUAAUUAAAUAAGACCAGUCGUACCCAAGUAUAAAGGGGAAAGACAACAAGUGAAUAGUAUAUGAUGACUUGUACAUCACUGUCCCCAGCUGUAAGUAUCUCCUUAACAUUUUCUGAGAGGAGAUAAUGGAAGAAUAGAUAGAGUCUAUUGCUGAUUACCCCAAACAUGGGGAAACAAGUGACAGCCACUAAUAUGUAAAUCAUUAUUAAAAGCAUUUAUUUUGCUGUUAUUAAUUUGGUUAUAUAGUACUUUCAGCACUGAUGUCCCUCUCUGUGAAUGAAGAAACUAACUAGAGUGCUUUGGACAAAAGGCUGGAAGCCUCAGAUGCACCUAAGUGAUGACAUAUGUAGGCACAACAAGAAGAAAAAGGGAGAAAAUAUGAUAAAAUAUAUGAUAAAACAUGAUAAAAUACCCACCUUUAGGGAUGUUCAAAAUAGCCAGUUUGAGAAGCUUGGUCAUGAUGCUCAACCUUACUAAAAAAGAAAUGGUGAAGUAACUAAAAUGACAGAUAAAGUAGAAAUGGUCCAUUUGUUUCAACACUUUACUAGUUUCCCACAAGGUACUAAAAGAGUCCUGUGGAAGAUAAGGCAAGAGAGUUGUGUAACAGGAAUGAAAAGCACAAUUCUACUACCGUUUCAAAUAUUUCUUAACAGGUCCUUUAAAAAACAAAGAUGAUGGUGAAGAUUUGCUGUUCUCUCCUCCUGUUAAGUUUACUCAGUGUGCAGCUAAAAGCUAACCCUGGACUCAAAGUGAGAAUCACUCAGAAGGCCUUGGAUUAUGCUAAGAAGGUUGGGCUAGAGAUCCUGAAGAAGAAUAUGGAGAAGGAGCAAUUCCCUGAUUUGACUGGCUAUGAGAGAUUUGGGCUUGGUAAUGUCAACUAUAACAUCUCAAGAAUAAGAGUCACUGCUGUUGAAUUCCCCAACGUUUCCAUCUCCCUCAUACCCAGGAGUGGGAUAAAACUGGUGAUUAGAAAUGCUUCACUCACCAUCGAUAUGAACUGGAGUAUGAGGACCUGGAUGUUCAAAGACGGUGGAAGAAGCACAGUGCACAUUUCCAAGGUGUUUGUUACUGCAACCUUUUCAACACCCCUGGAUAGUAUGGGUCAUACUUCAAUAUCACUUAACAGCUGUCAUACGACUUCUGGUGAUACAGACAUCAAGUUGAAUGGAAAAAGUGGCUUCCUGCAUGAUUUCUUUAUCAAAUAUUUGAAGAAACCCAUUCACAGGAACUUGGCCACUAAUUCUUGUCCCAACAUCAGAUCUGGGAUCCAGUUGAUAGCUAAGGACCUCCAGUCACUGAAUGUCCCAGUGCGGGUUGAUGAUUUGGCUGAAAUUGAUUACUCCUUAAACAGCUUGGAAGUAUUCCGACCAUACAUUGACAUGGACUUAAAGGGGAUAGUCCAUCCAGCUGGAAAUUAUACCGGCCCUCCCUAUGUGGCAGCUCCCUUUGCUAUCCCGGACCAAAGUGACUCCAUGCUCUACCUUGCCUUCUCUGAGUAUUUCUUUCAGACAUCUUUAUUUUCUUACUACACAGCAGGAGCCUUCAACAUCACCAUUGCAAAGGAAACUUGCAGAUAUUUAAAUAUAAGCACUGAGAUGUUUGGUAGUAUCAUCCCUGAGAUAGCCAAACACUCAAUUAUACUGUAUCCAGUUAUGAUGAAGCUAAUGGCCACUGAAAUACCUCUCGUCAGCUUGCAGCAGGAUUCUUUUACUCUAGAGAUUCAGGAAUCCAUGGAGGUGUUUGCUGUUCUGCCAGACUCAACCACUCAGUCAUUGUUCACAGUGAAUGUAGCAGCCAACACCAGCAUUGCUCUGAAUGUCUUUGACCAGAAACUCACUGGCUCGCUAUGUCUGAACAGGCUCCAGUUCUCCCUUGCCCAUUCCAAUGUUGGCUCUUUCGAGAUCUCAUUUCUGGAGAACAUCCUGUCUUAUAUUUUACAAACUGAAGUAAUUCCAUCAGCCAAUGCUAAACUAUCCAAAGGAUUCCCUCUUCCCAAUUUGGCCAAUGUUACCUUCACAAGACCUCAUAUUACUAUCGCACAGGGAUAUGUGUUGAUUUCUACCGAUGCUCACUACAGGCACUGAAGGAGAAGAAUCACCGCCUGUUAGGCGUGAUGAACCUCAAAUUAAUAACGGGACUGUUGAAAUAAAGCCUUGUCUACACACUUGUUGUGUCUGUCUUCCUGAAAGGUGCCGCCGCCUCUCACGAGAAGUACACUGUCAGUUCUGUGAGUACAGCUCUAUGCACUGAGCAGGCUAGGGCGCUCGGAGGGAGAGUGGCGCAGCACGGCCUGCGGUUCUCUGCAUCCCCAGCGGCCCGGCUUGCCGCACACAGCCCUGCCCCGCGCCCCUCAGCGCGGCUCUCUGUCCCAACGAGCUGAGCGAAGGCCCGGCCGCUUCGCCAGG